AUGCGUCUCGUUCCACUAUCUAGUAAGGCAUUGUGGGGGAUUCUUCUUUUGGCUACGAUCCCCUUGGCUUACAAGGAGUACUGGCCCCAUCAUACAUUUCCAACCUCAGUGGCCAAAUUGUUACGUAAGGGACUUUGGGCUGAAAGUAAUAAAGGAGAGUACGACUACCAGCUUGCUCUUAAGUAUUACAUUGAAGCAUUAGAUGAAGCUAAAAAUCUUAAACUUGAUCCAAUCAGUGAUGAAUACACCGGUAUCCAAUUGAAAAUAGCUGAAAUGCUUGAAAGACUUUCAAUGUAUGAAGAAGCAUUCCUUAUCUAUUCUGAAAUCCUGACGCUUUAUUUGACUGUAUUGACGGCACAACCUGAUAAUCCAAACUUUAAGCCUUUAACCAUGGAUCAAAGAGAUCAUCUUAUUAUGAAGGACCUUCGGUUAGCAGUGAAAAUAGGUCGUGAAUUAGAGAACCCUAAUCUUAUGAAACCUUUCAUGAUGACUCAUUUGCUUAUAGCCACAGAUCAAAUAUGUCGUAAAUUGGGUCAUGGUGCUAAUUUAGCAUCAGCAGUUGAAUAUGUGCAAAGAAAUGCUGUGGUCAAUGGUACGUCCACCAAAGUAUCAUCUCAACCGUUAUUAAUGAAACCAUCCAAACGAGGUUCUGUUCAAGUUGUGAAGAAAACUGAAGAUUCCUUAAUUGUAAGUUGUGGAGAUGGUACUACCCUUGAAAUAGUACAGAAUCCUGAUGCCUGGGAACCAUUUAUUGAUGAGUAUUUCCAAGCUAGUGACAUUUAUAUAUUAUCGUUGAUAUUACUUGAAGACAUUACUGGAGCAUUUGAAUCUUCCAUUAACUUAUGGGAACAAAUGAUUCUUGCUGAUUAUAGAGUUCCUCACAGAUUCUUACAACAUACUUGCAACAUUGGAUCGUUAUGUUUCAAUAGAGCUGAACAAUAUGAAUAUGGAGAAAUCAAAUUAAGAAGAGAGAUUGCAAAGACUUUGGGCAUUGAGGACCAUCUUAGUCUUACUGCAGAGCAAAUAGAGGCAAGUGAUAAAGUAUCUCGUGUUGAUAAAGAUGCCUUUAGGGAGUUAGUGAAGCAAAAGGACUUUAGUAUCGGUGAAGCAAAGUCCACCUAUGAAAUGGUAUUAAAUGCAAUUAAAGAGAAUCACCAAGCAGAUAUCGAUAAGCAUGCGGAUGUCAUCAAUUCUGAUACCUCAAAGGAAAUCCAAAACACAAGAUAUGUUGCUGAAAGUUCCGCCUUAGCUUCCUAUGGUUUGGGUGUUAUCAAUUUGCAUUUAGGUAAGUUUGAUGAUGCUGAAAGAUAUUUACGAGAGGCUCGCAUAAAGGCAAAGAAGAUUGAGUAUGGAAUGUUAAUUGACAACAUUGAAGAUGAGUUGGGCAAGGUGUUCAGGGAAAGGUCUCAACAAAGCCAGUAA